CACGAGCAGCACGCAGCAAUAGAUCGUUCUUCAGUGGUGGAAACCCCAUUCUCGUGGUGGUGGUAUUGGGUAAAGAGUGGCCGGAUGAUAACUCCCAGAGUGAGAUCUUUAGGGUGUGACAUGCCGAUCUCUGACCCCGACCAGCUUGUUGCGGCGUUCAAGAAUUCUGGCGAGUUCGACAAGCUUCGUAGGGAGCUUCUUGCCAAUGCACAGAAUUCUGAUGGAUAUGAAGCAUUCAAGGCACGACUGGCGGACAUAGUCAAGCAACGACUGCAGUCUGGUCAAUUAGACUCGAAUGACAACCUUCACAAGGAACUCAUACAAGAAGUGAACCGUUUUCCGGUCGUUGACCGAUUCGCCUCAGAGACAACUACCGGCAUGCUUGCGUCAAACUCCUUCAAUGAUAACCUUCGCUCGGCCCUGGAACGUAUUCUUCGUGAAGACCAACAAAAGGAAUCGGUCGCUCUUCCUCCACCAAGUUCACAACCAUCAGCUCCCAACGAUUCUUAG